AACAGCUGAUUGCGACUUUGACAAUCUGAUGGAUUGGAGGGGGUAAGACUAAGUGAUACUUUCAGGGGUGGUAGAGAUCAACAAAAUGGACAAUAUAAAGAUCCCAUACCUCCCAGAACUGGAGACUUGUUGUGGCUGCUUGUCUCUCAGGGAGGGAGCUAAAAUGUUUGGAGUGAUAUCGCUGUUGGGAAGCAUAUACAUGUGUUUGGAAAUAUUUGCAACAAUCAUCAUGAUAUCAGUUAAUCCUGACUACGUGGCAGAGGGUGCUGGAAUCCUCUUGUUUGCCAUCCUUGUCCACUCUGUUCACAUUGGCACUUCAGCCUCGCUUCUCUUUGGUGUAUACAAGGAGAGGAACAAGCCUAUGUUCGGUUGGCUCAUCACCGCAGUAAUGGUGGCACUCCUGGAAGCCUUUGUAGUCCCAUCUAUCUAUAUUCGGGUCCUGAUAUUCCACAAACUCAUAGAAGUCAACUAUAAGCUAGUCUUAGUGACCAUCAUAAUGCUCAUUGAUGACAUCUACGGUUGGCUAGUCGUGUACAGCUAUUACCGAACUCUUGCACGUCCCAGACAAGACUACGUCUUGAAGAUUGACUCACCCUAUGGAUGCCGAAGGGGAAACUUUGUAACUGAAGUGUUCACACAGCAUUUUAAAAAUCCAGGUUAUAUUAUUUUUUACAUACUGUAAAGCAUAGCUUAUAAUAUUUUUACUCAGGCAGCUACAGUCAUCCGUUUUCUUCAUGGACAUUUAUUUAUACUUGUAAUGUUAUAAGCUAAAUUGUCCACGGAGUGUGCUGACAGUAGAAAAUGUAUACUGUGAUAACUUGUGAUUUAGUGAACUUUUAAACAUGUUCUGUCCCAGUGAUUCCAUGGUGGUUGGCAUUAAGAGCUUGCUACACUGCCACUACUAAUGGUAGUGUCAUUUAUAUAUAUUUUUUUUUUACUGUAUACAAAUACUUUACUAUAAAAUAUGGUAUAUUUUAAUAUUAUUUGUACUAUACUCGUUUACUAUCAAUCAUGUCUAUUUACUCUUCCAAGAAUAACAAAGUUACUUUGGAUUCUAUAAAUUUGUCCUAAAAGUAUUGUAGUUAUUAUUUUUACAACGGUCAACUGCUAAAAAUCAGCCGUUUUAAUCAGCUGACUGAAAAAAACACUAAAUGAUUUUGAUAAUGUUGAAGAACAAUAUAUGGAAGUCCCACGAAAUACUUAUGCUGACCUGAUCAGCUACUGAUGUUUCUGCUGAGGAUAAUCUACGAUAAUCCAAUCAGGCUGGUAUAGCAGCUAACAUGUUGAACAUUUGCACUUGUACUUAGAAGUUUAGAUAUCUAUGUUUUCCAUAAAUAUUAUUUAUAAAUUUAGGCUUUGUGUGUGUGUGUGUGUGUCAUUUAAGCGUCUUCAUAUUUAUGAAAUUUUAGCACAAUUUUUAUUUUUUGUAUUUAUUUAUUUAUUAUUUUUUUCUUAUAUCAGUUGUUUUUGUAUUAUAUGUACUCGUAUGAUACUGCAUUUUUGUGCAUUUACAAGUCUCUUAUAUUUUUUUUUAAUAGUCCUCAACAAAAUUUCUUAUUAAAGCUGUUAUUUACAAAUUAUAUUUAAUAAAAACAACAAAUAAUAUCAAGAGAACUAAAACAUAGCAAAUUGUUAAAUAAAACUACCUCUGAAUUGGUGGUAAACAAUACAAAUUAUGAAAUAAUAAAUUUAUUUAUUUAUCUUUAAGAUUAUCAGCAGGCAAUGAGCAUGAUAGUAUUGUUAGUUGUGAGAUUCGAUAGGUUCUGUGCUGUUGGAAUUUCAUUUAGUAUGUAUUUCUUAACCAUCAAAAUUUAUAGGCUGUAGCCCUAUAUAAUAGCUUUUUGUCUAUAAUCGUCACCCAAAUACUUUGUUUAGUCUGGUCACUGCAUUGUAGCAAAUAGUAAUAGGUCUACAGAAAUGUUAAAUUGAUCGUUAUUGAAAUGGUAAAUUGAUUGUUAUUGAAAUGUUAAAUUGAUUGUUAUUGAAAUGUUAAAUUGAUCGUUAUUGAAAUGGUAAAUUGAUCGUUAUUGAAAUGGUAAAUUGAUUGUUAUUGAAAUGGUAAAUUGAUCGUUAUUGAAAUGGUAAAUUGAUUGUUAUUUUAUAAGUAGAAUACAGUAAGCUGCCAAACAUAAUAGUUAAUUAUAAACUAAAUGUGUUCUGAACAGAAUUUUUUAGAUUAAAUGUGUUCGUUAAAUUUUAAAAGUUCAGAUGAAAAUAUAUCCUUUUUUUAGAAGUAUUAUGUACAUUUUAGAACUUUCGUAUGUAGUUUUAAACUUUGAUGGUAUAAUAAUAUACUACUAAUAACUUUAAAAAGUUAUAAAAAGAGUUUAAAUUUUAUUUUUUUUUUUCAAUAAAACCUAACAGCACAGUAAAACAUAUUUUACAUAGUUAUGUAAGAAGGCAUAAAACUAUUUAUGAGAAUGAAAUAUGGGCUGUUUUUGUUGUUUUGUUGUAAGCUCCAUAAGCCCUCUACAAUUAUAUUUUCAUUACUAAGAACCCUGUAUUUUAGAGAUUAAUUUUAAUCUUUUUAAUGAAUAACCUGAGUUAAACUCAACUGUUGGUUCAUAAUUAUUGUUGUAAGUUUUAAAACUUGAAUACUGGGAUGAAAUCCACAAUAAGUAUUGUGGAUUGUACGAGUAUUACUAGCAUGUAUUUAGUGACUUUGUUGAGAUUGUAAACUCAGUUGUUGUAUAAGUAUGAUAAAAAUUAUCAUACAAAAAUGUUGUUGGCUUGUUAAAUGUGAUGUAGCAUAUAAUGCAUGUGAUCUAGCAUAUAAUGCAUGUAUUAAUUAUUCCUAUGAAUGGUGUACUUUUUCUGUGAAUAUAUAGAACCCUUUAAUAGUUAAUAGAAAAUACAAGAAAUCUUAUAGUUUUGCUAAAUGUUUUCCUUUUUUUAUGGGACCAGCUUUUAAUACUGAUAUAAAGAUUUUAUUUAAUCAAUAUUACUUAAUUGAUUUUUUGUGUUAAUAACUAUUAUAAUGGAAAAACGGUUCUUUUUUUGUUAUAUUAAUGAUUUGGAAUGUUUUUUCACUGGUUUAUUUAGCCCUUGAAUUUCUAUAAGUUGUUGCCUGCAAAAUUGUUAUAUUUUAUAAAUAAAUUAGUUUUUGUCAAAGUAAGAUCUGAUUUGCAAAGUAAACCUUUUUUAGCUCAUUUUGUGUAUUUUUUAAAUUAGAAAUAAAAUUUUUUCUGAAGCAUUGCUUUAAAAAUUUAAUUUUUGACUUGUUUGUUUACAUUUUUAAUCCAAAUAAAAAUAAUAAUUAAAAUUUUGUUUAAUAACUAUUCACUUAUAACAUUGGCUGUAAUGUACUGAUCAAGAUAAUAUGUAAUAGUAUAUUCUGUAUCUUAAUUAUUACUAUUCUGCAAAUUUUUAAAUGAUAACUAGCAAAAUAGUGCCUGCCAGGUUUUGCAACUGCUACUUUUAGAGUUGACCUCCAGAGGAUCUAUUAAGACACAGCAGUGGCAAGAAUGUAGUCAGGAAAAAGUUUUGGGGGUGAGGGUCAAGACAAUUAAUUUUUCCUAAAGUGGACAAAAAGUAAGGCCACAUUUUGUCGCUUGAAAAAUUCUUGACCCAUAUCUGUGUGAGAACGAUCUUUAAGCUGUACAUACUGUAAUACUGAAUUAUUUAAAUAAUAAUAAUCAUUUACUAAAAAAGUAAUUGAAACAAUUAAAAAACUUGGGGGAGGGUCCGGACUCCUUGGACCCCCUCACUGGCUGCAUCCUUGUGCAGUGGCUCUUAAGUGCAUUACAUCAUAGACGGCUGUUAUAGUCAUGGCAGAGGCCUGCUGCCUUAUUUUAAAAAUAAGUAUUUAAUGCAUCACUAUUUAUAUGCAUUUUUAGUUUAGAUAACAAUUAUACUGUAGCAAUUUAGUGAAAACAGAUCUUUUACAAUAUGUUUCAAAACCUUACAAUGACAUUGUUAUAGUACUACUACUAACCACUAGGAAACAGUAGUGCUAUGUAGGAUCCAGUCAAUUAUGAUGUAUUCGUAACAAGCAAGAUGUAACAGAGGUGUAAAACUUUGUAUGUAUUUUAUACUAUUGUUUUCAUCCAAAAUACCCGAAAACUCGCUUGAUUCCAACAAGGCUUGUUAUGAAUUUGUCUUCCUGUUACAUUAUACAUUUAAAUAAUAUAUUUUUAUUUAAAUAUUACCCCAUUAGUGCCUUCUGUAAACGAAUUCCUGUUUUCACUGAUUACCUCAUUAACCUCAAAGUAUAAUUAAGAAUCUUUUUGAAUUGGUUGAAGAAAUAUCACUGUCAGAUUUAUAAGGAAAUAGUGCCUUAGUUGAAUACUGUUAUAUUUUGGACUUUCAAUUUAGGUACGAAAACUUUGAUAUGCAAUGAAUGGCUACUGUUUUUAUUAUAAUUAUACUAUUACAAAACAGAACUAAAUGUUAACAUAUAAGCUGUGAUUUAAGCACCUUGAAUUUUAUUAGAAUGAAUAGAAUUAGAAUGAUUUCAUAUGUAAAUGAAAUCUGUAUCUAUGAUGUUAUAACUCAUGCUUUCAUGUAUUAAAUAUUCAAGUUGCUAACUAUAGUAUUUGAUUGUAAACUAAAAAAUCAACUAUAAAACAAUUAUUUUGAUUAUUUGCAUGUUUUAAAUUGGAAACAAAUUAAUAAUUAAAAUUAUUUAUUCAGUAAUAAAAUAUUAAUGAACUGUUUAAGAUUGUAGUUUGUAACAAAAUAAAUAUAUUUUGUAGUAUUAUACAGGUACAUAGGUUUGGAACAUUGACAGUUGAUGAUUCUGAUAUUGAUAACUAUCGAUGUAAUAUUACUUUCAUAAUGUCUUUUUGUUAUUAUAUUCUAAUUUAUUUUUUAGUAUUAUCUUAAAUUUUUGUACACUAUGUGAUAACUUAUAUGUUUGUCUAUUUUAGUACUUUAUUAUUUAACCCUCUAUCUAGUUUGUGUUGGAUGUCCUAUGAUGAAUAUGUGCACACUCUCUCUCUUUCUCUCAUGUACACACAUGGUGAAUUUUCCUGAUAUCAGUAGUAAUUCUAGUUUCUUUCUGCUUGUAUAUAUUAUAUACAUUAUUGAUUAAAUUUGUAUAAAUGGCAAUAUAUAAUUUUUAUUAUAUUUUUGGACCUUUACAACUUUUUUUGUUAAAUUGAUAUGGUUCUUUUCAUUAUAAUAAAUGAUAUAGUUCCUAGAAAUUACAUAAAAUUGGCUGCUUGAUGACUCUCAGGAUUGUAUAUAAUGAAAAUGUAUACAUUUUUAAAGUACUGUCUAUUUCCCUUUUUAUACUUUAUUUUUACAAACUUCUAAAUAAAAAAUAUUCCUCUAUAUUUAUUUAUUUACAUACUGUAUUUGAAAUGCUCAGGAAGUAAAAUUAUCAAAGAGGGUUAAUAUUGUUGUUGUAUUGAUGGCAUAAAUUAUUUAAUUUGUUGUGUUACUAAUGUUGUAAACUAAUCCAUAUUUUAAACUACAACGUACCUUGCACUUGUCUGUAUUUACAAUUUUUUAUUGUUUUGAUACAAAUUGUUCACACGACUGUGGCUUAUAGACAAAUAAAGUGAUUAUAAGACUUA